AGAGGGCGCAGUACCGCGCUAUCCUUCGUAUCGUUGACACGUCGAGCGGAAAGAGUGCGGCGACAGAUAGAGAAAUCGCGGUGAGAGGAGAGGAAGAGAGAGAGAGAGAGAGAGAAACGUUCGCGCGAUCUCGCGCUCGCUCAUCGACCGGCGAAUCGCUUUAAUCGCCGAUGCGAAAAUAAUUAUCUUUUUGACGCGAUUACGGUGUCCUUGUCCGUGGAGAAUUUCCGGCUUCGCGACGUCCCGCGAGCGCGUGUCAGUGUCGCGUUGACUCUCGUCGAUGAUCCAUCGGUGAUCGAUACGCGUAGAUCGUCCGCGUGGUGAACGUUUUAUCCGCGAGUGAAUUGGUGAAUUGUCUCUCCUGUGCCUGGUAAUCUGCUGAUCGCCGCAAGGACGAUGCUGACGUUCCUCUUCGCCGCGGCGUUCGUCGUCGCGACGCCGAGAAUCCACGCCAGUCAUGUGACCAUGGACGCUAAGAUACGCGACGACUCCGAUCUGUCUCAGUUUUAUCAACUCCUGGAGGCUAGUCAGGUGGCCAAUACAACUCUGACGUAUCGCCACGUGACUGUGUUUGCGCCGACUAAUCGGGCAUUCCAGAAGUACGGCGGAAACUUUAAGAAUUUGGUUCUGUAUCACAUGUCGAACCGGCCUCUAACGAUCGAAGAGCUGAGGGACUCGAUAUCCUCCGAACUGGAAGGCAACCCACCUCUAUGGAUCACUAGAACAUCAGGGAAGUACGGCGUGAACGUGUACAUUAAUAACGCUAAGAUUCUUUUGGAGCAGAGCAACUUUCAAUCCAAAUUAAAAGUCAACGGCGACACCAUGAUUCAGGUGCUGCAUAUUAUAAACGAGGUGCUGGAGCCAGUACGAUCCAACUCGCCGGAGACGCCGAUUUACAACCCGAACGCGUUUCAGUUUCUGAACCAGAGCGAAAAUCUCAAUUUGGGCGAUCAUCGUGUACGUACGUUCCGACAACGGAUCGUCAUCGAAAAGAAGGAGUCUGUCUUCAAAGCCGAGGGUCGUUUUACCUUCUUCAUCCCCGUUGAUGAAGGUUUCAAGCCAGAACCGAGGCCAAAUAUGAUUGAUAAGCAGGUGAUCGAUGGGCACGUUCUACCCAACGAAGUCCUAUUUACUUCACCGACGCUUGCCAACGUGGAGUACAAAACUCUUGUAUUUUCCGACAAUCUCAAAGUUACCGUCAGCUUCCUGAAGGCGCAUAAUAAAGUCUAUGUCCAAUCGAACACUGUAAUGGGCGAUUCGAAUCACCCAUCCGGAGUGGUAUUGGCAGAGAUAGUGAAGGGGAACAUCCCGGUGCGCAACGGUGUCGUUCAUCUGAUACAACGACCGCUUAUGGUGGUCGACACCACCGUGAAGGAUUUUCUCGAGUCCUUCAAGGGCAUCGAAAAGGAAGAUGGACCGGUGUUCAAGUUUUACGAGACCAUCCGUGAUUUCGGGGAGGACAUCAUGAACACCAUCAGUUACUUGCGUGAAGUUACCCUCUUUGCGCCUAGCAACGAGGCGCUGGAGGAACCAGGCGUGAAGCAGAUGCUGCAAGACAAGAAGCGCAUCAAGGAAAUCCUCAAGCUGCAUUACGUUAAGGAGAAACUAACCAUCGAACAUAUCAGGAAUAAGACCAUCAACCAACCACCAUUGAGUGGGAAGUCAACCCUCGGGGUACAGACCGCUGCCGACAGGAAGAAGCUCUACUUCAACGUCGUGGAAGGCCCGAGGGGAAACCAGACCGUCACCGUGGAAGGCGGCGGUGUGAACGCUACCAUUAUUACCGCCAACAUCGCAGCCACCAACGGGAUUAUUCACAUAAUCGACAGGUUGCUCGGGGUCCCCUACACCACCGUACUCGACAAACUCAAGACCGAUCCGAUGCUCAACUCGACAUACUUUCUGGGCCAACGACGCAACUUCAACGAUCAGCUGAACGAUACGACGAAGCGAUUCACGUAUUUUGCUCCGAUUGACAAAGCCUGGUUUGAUGCAGGGAACAACUAUCCAUCAGCUGUCAAGAAACUCUUCAUGCCUGAAUUUAGUUAUCAUACGAAGCAGAUCUUGGAGCGGCACCUCGUAAUAGCGGACCAGGCAUAUACGAUGGCAAAGUUGAGAGAGCUGAGCAACGACACCGUCAAGCUCCCGACUAGCAGGGACAAUCUAAAGAUUCGCGUUAAGGAAAGUGGCGAAAAUGAGAAGUACGACGAAAACGCAAUCCGUCCAGAACCAUCCGGCUACAUUUUGGAAUGGCAGCAUACCAAAAUCCGUGUCGUACGUCCAGACGUCGAGUGCACCAACGGAAUAAUCCACGUGAUCGAUGGCGUAUUUUUCAAGGAUAGUGAUGUCCGGGUGACGGGCGGAGCAUCGCUGGCCACUCUCGCACCUCACCUGAUCAUGAUAUUGAUAGCUAAGUGGCAAUUGUAAGCAACCUGAACGCGUCGCAUCGUCUCGCGUCUAUGCAGAUGCGUCUAUUAGGAAUUUCCUUGGGGCCGUUUACGAUCGUUCUCGCGCGAGAAGCGGCGCCGGCGACGACGCAACGCGAGAAGGCGCACGAUCGAUCGUCCUGACGUUGGAUCGCAGCUUGAAGAAGCGGGGAAGGGGAAGAGAAUCUAAAGAAUCCAGAAACCCGAGAAUCCGCGAGACCAAAGAUCCAGGGACCUAAGGACGAGCCGAGGACAGCGGCGAGGAUCGAAGGAUACGCGAAGAUUCGAGGGGGUCUAGGGAUCCGCGGAUUCGUUUGCGUAUACGUAACUCUAAAAAAAUCGUUAACGAGAGAGGAAGACACGAAAGUUGAGAAGAAGACGUUGGACGAUCGCUCGAAGAACGAGAGGCGCUCUCAUCGAGGGAACGACGGAAGGACGAUCGAGCAUUCGCGAUCGCACGGCCUCAAAAAAAAGCCAGGAUAGCCUAUUAUUUAUUGAGUAAUCGUCCGUGGACGUAGCGGGACAAUUUUACGGGUUAGAAGCGUUAAUCGUACCAAAUAAAUGGUUAAUCGUACCAAAUAAUCUAAAUAAAUUUAUUGAGGGACGGAGGGGCGUGGGAAAAUAAAUGGGCAGGGAGAGAGGUGCAGAUUUCGAGGAACCUACUUCGAGUACAAGGGCAACGACGAAUUGCAUCCCGUACAUCAUGCGAUUGUUACCGAGUGAACGAGUGGACGCGUGAGGUGCAAAUGAAAUCGCGGUUUGACCAUCGAUCGCCACUCUGUCUUGUUAUUUGAAUCGAGAAAUGAAAUAUUUACUCUUCUUCUAUUAUAUAAAUCAAUUUAAACGAAAUUUAAACCAGUCGAAUAAUCGAUCGAUCGGUAAUUAUGCGAUUUAAUUUUGACCUCAUACGUUGUAGAGAGCCAUAAUAAGAACUUAAUGAUACAUCAGAAAGUUCCAUGUAACAUUGAGAACAAGACUUCGCGAUUCCUUCGCGGAAUCCUACGAUUUUAUACGACACUAAUCGUAAACGUAAAAUACGAUAAUCCUUUCCUUCCGAAGCGACGACAGUAAUAAAACCAAGUGCAAUAAUGUUGAUCGUCCUUUUCGAUUGACGACGGUAAUAAAAUCGAACGCGCAGUUACCAAUUCGAUUAAUUAGCAGAGCGAAUGAGUAAGCGCUUUUGGAACAACAGAUCCAUCCAUCGGAUCUUUUCGUCUCGGAAAUUCGAACCGAUUUCAGGAUCCUUCAGAAUGCUCCUCGAUCCUUGGAUCCUCUGAGUUUGAAUCGUCGGAUUCUGUCGGAUCUCAAGAUGGCCGCGGAUUUUUCAUAAAUCAUCUAAUCCGUAAAUUUUCGAUUCUUCGACUUUUCCAGAGAGAAUCGCGGAUUCUCGGAUGCUUGUAGAUCCCACAGACUUUCGAACUUCCAUUUCUUUGGAUUCUCGGAAAUCGGUCGGCUUAAAUCAAUGUAGCGUCGCCGUAUUGAUUCACGAUAGUCUCACGAUCGAAUCAACACUGACGUAUUUCUAGCUAAUAUCGUUCCCUUUUCGUCGUUUCGUGUAAAGGGUUCACGGCACACUGCUAUGUAUCAUAUCGUAUUUACACUGUCUACUUACCGAGAAUACUGCCACGCACGUUGCGCAUAUCGCGGGCUUGCGGUUGAGUUUUUGUACGAUUAUUAUUAUCAAAGGAAGAGCAAAGAAAAAAAAACAAGAGGAAGCGGUAGAGAGCUCUACCUUAAAAGCAGUUUUAAAAAUGGUCCCUGAAAAAAGUAGGUAUGUCAAGAUGUAUAUUAUACACGUAUUUAGCAAAAAAAAAAAAAAAAAAUAAAAAUAAAAGAUAAAAAAAUAAGAUAUCUCGAAUAACGAAUGCGCGAGAGAGCAGAAAAAGAGACGCUUAAUUUCUCUGGCUUUCCUUAAGUCUUGCAAGUUGUUGUAAUUAAAAGUAUGUUUUCUAGGAUUGAGUAAAUCUUCAAAGAAAUUAAUAGGAAAGUGCAUUCUAUAGAGUAAAAAAAGCUACAAAAAUUAUAUAAAGUAAAAAAGAAAUUAAAGAAAUAAAUCACUUUAUUCCGCAUUUAGACAAAUUAAGAAGAGAAUGGCAAUGAAUUGGAGAAAAGUCGAAGAGAGAUAUCGUUCAAUUAAUCCUUCUGACGUUAUAAAGACGACUCAUAAUUUUCUACAGAAUGAGUUCCUAUUCAUUUCGUUUGACUCGCCUAUUUUUUACGGGAACGGGAAGACAUUCCGUGACCAUGUCUACUUUCGGUGCCACGAGAGUUCUACCGCUUCAUCGUAAUAACUAUAUUCCAAUGAACUUUCUGUUCCUUCGACAUUCAUGCUCAUUGCAUUACACACACACAAACACAUACAUACAUAUAUACAUACACACACAUAUACUUUGUCUAUCGAAUCUAAAAUAGCGAAUUUACCAUUAAGACCUUAGCUGUAUGCGUGUAAGCAAUAGCGAGGAUCCGUCUCGAAAGAAAACUUCGAAGAACGCGGCCAAGAAGAAACUAUAUAAACUUACCAUUAGAAACGAAAAGCAAAUAUCGAACCCUUUCGCUGCACGAUAUAUUCUCCGAUUAAAGUCCCGGCUGAGAAAUAAGUAAAAUGUUUUAUAAACGUGACAGAGACAUAAAUUUUUGACGGUAAAAUUAUUUCUCAAAUAUAUUGUAAUCGUGACACUUUACGCGAGAAGAUUGAUUCUUGAAUUAUUAAAUUUUUAAAUAUUCUUUGUAUUUUGAAGCCAGACGGACACGAAAGCACAAAGAAGCUAAACUUCAUUCCUCAAUUAAUAUUCUCUUAACGAAUAUUCUCGUGUAAGCUUAUCUCCUGAAGAAUUGAAUAUUAAAGGAUAUUGAAUAUUAAAAGACAAACGAAGAUUUCCAAUUAGUUUCCGUCUUCGCUAUGGAAAAAUCGAUUUCACAUUCUUUCACGAAUAAAGUCCCGGCUGCAAGCGUACGCUUCCUUCGCGGCGAAAGGGUUGAAAAAAAGAAAACGAGUACUUGGCACGGUCGAAACUCGAAGGAGGGUAAAAACCUCGAAAUUUCGUGUCCUCCUUAAAGGCGAAGCGUCAAGAAACGCAGAAUAGUUCACGUUCAACUGAUAAAACGCCGAAACCUAAAUGAAAGACAAUUGACUGAUUGGAUCGGUCGUUGAGUUUCGCAACACGAUCCGGUGACUUGUUCGCGUUAGUCACGUAUAAAAAGAGAAUUUGUAAUUAGCAGGCGCGCGUAAUCGAAGUAGCCACAACCUUCUUCACAAGAUCUUGAUUUAACAAAAAUAAAAAAAGGUCGAUGUUAUACGUGUUGAUAUCAGUCUAUACAUAUAUAUAAAACAAAUAAAGAUAUAUAUAAUAAACAGAGAUAUAUAUUAAUGAGGAAGAAAGUAUCGAUUAAAGAAGAAUGAACCGCAAAAAGGAUGGUAAGAGAGAUAAAGGGAAAAGGAGAGAAAGAGAAAACAAAAUACACUAUCAGAUGAUAACUUAAACUUGUUGUUGGGAUGAAUUGAUAUUACGAAUUAUUAUUAUUACUAUUAUUAUUAUUACAAUUAUUACCUAUAUAAAAUAUACAUAAACUCUAAUUAAAACUGUUUGCUCGUUAGAUGAACCAAAAAAAAAAAAAGAAAAAAUAGCGAAACUCUAUUUCUCCGUGUAGAUGUGUCUUAAUGUUCAGCUUGUUCGACAGCCACGCAGUCAGUGUAAAAGAGCUGAGGUUUCAGGGCUGCCAUAAAUCGAAAGGGGAAUGUUCGAGUCGACACGCGGGAGACGAGAAAUUAAAUGCCACGCGAGAUUUAAAUUUUCACGCUCGUGAACGUUAUACGAAAAAAGACGCACACGCCGCCGGUGAUGUUACUAAUAAUGUUGCAAAAAAUAUAAAUUAUUGAGUGGGCAAUCGUUCGUCAUUCCCGACGAAUCAGAGACAAGCCGCGUUUGUAAAGAAUCUCAUUGUACGUAGCUAUUAAAGAAUCUCACGUUUUUAACGCGCUAUUCUGAAAAUCUUCUCUCACGUCUUGAUUCACCGUCAAUGACGUUCGAUUGAUCUUACGAAAGAAAAAAAUGAAAAAAAAUUACGUGAAAGUACAAUUAUGAUUUCUAAUUAGCAAACGAAGAUAUGGCGAACAGAUACAGCUAAGUUUAGCUAUCCUUAUGAAUAAUUAUUAAUUAUAAAUAUUAAUUACGAAAAGAAGUAGAAUUAUAGCCGCGCAAUCCUCGUAGACGUGAGUAGUAGAUAUUGCAUGAAACGUUUGCUGGAUCUGGAUAUCUGAAGAUCCCUGAAAAUCUUUUGUAACUUCUGGAUCUUAAAAAUGUUGCUAGAGAAAAGUUCUGAAUAAAUAUAAAAGUAAAAUAACUCGAGGAGAGACUGUGGAUUUAUAUGGGUCUAUGGGUGUUCAGAUUUCGGCGGCGCUUAUUAAGAUCAAAAUUCCAUCAUAGUAUCAUUCUUAUGCAUUCCAACUUUAGAAACUGUUCCGUUUGAAAGCGUUAAUUAUUAAGAAAAUCCGUUGACACGUCAAACAGACGCGACGUAAAUUAAUUGCGGCUCCUAUAUAUAUAUAUAUAUAUAUAUAGUCAUCGUGGUAACGAAGAUAGUCCUUGCUGUCAUUUUUAUUGUCGCCAUUUUUACUCUUCUACCGUUCCAUCUCGCGAGAACACUGGCGAAAAUGAUCGCGAACGUGCAGCAUCGACAAGUUUCCUGUGUACACGCAUAACAUACACACAUUUACACACGACACACGCGCGCGCAUUUAAAAAGUUUCUCACGAAGACAGACGUUCCCUCUGUCCUCGUGUCGCACGAUCAUUUCGAGCCACAUGUUUCACAUUUUUCGUAUCUAAGGGCUCGACAAUCCGAGGUUCCUGGGGUCCCCCGUAGCUUUACAAAAGUCCCUCGAGGUCUCCUUCGCGGCUGUCCGAAGCCUGAGGAUCCGAGGAACCGACGAUUUAAGGACGCAAGGAUACGCUACUGAUUGCAUUUACGCGCGUAGUCCAGGAACGGCACUAAAGUGUCGGGCCGAGCGGCGCGCUUUUUAGAGCGGACUCGAUGAAACGGCGCCACGCGCCGCGACGUUAACGUUCGUUAGCCUAAGUACGGGGGUUUUUAAGCUUUUUAAAGUUACGGCCACACCGGGGAGAGCGCGACUCCCCGCUCUGGCGGCAGGUGAUACCAGUAAGUGCAACCAGUAACUUAAGCACGUCACACACAUUACGGUAAAUCAUUAAUAUGUAAGGAUAUAGAGUACGUAAAGUGACAUAAGGGGGAUGAGAGGGAGAAAGACGCAGGAGAAAAAGAGAGAGAGAGAAAGAGAGAGAGAGAUCGUGGUUUUUAAAAAUUUCGAAUGCGAAGAGCGUAUAACGUAACGUGUAAACGAUAUCGUAUUUUAAGCGCCGGAUAGGCGGGUUUCACAGAAAUUACAACUGACUAUUAAAAAAAGGGAUUAUUAUUAUUUAUUAGCUCUAUUAUAAAAAUAUAUAAUAUAAAUAUAUAUGUAUAUUAUAUAUAAUAUAUAUAUAUAUAUACCUAUACUAUAGUAGGGGAAAUCAAAUUUUAUGUACCACAGAGCUAUUUGUAUAAAAGACAUUUGUUUCAUCACACGAUCAUGAAUUGACAUCGCUGGAUAUUUAAUUGCCACACCACCGUCACCAGCCGACGAUAAGAUCUUAGGUAACAUAUAUUUUGGAUAUAAUUAAUCUCGAGGAAACUUCUAGUUUUUAUUAUAGAAUCUAGGUAUAUACGUAUAUUUGCAUUACUUGUAUUUUUCGUCUGAAUUAGUUAUUAAGUUUCUAAGUCACGCGCGCAGAAAUAGCGCUUUUAGCCAACGAUUUUCACGAAAGGAUCUUGCGCUAUUCGGGCCAAUCGAAUUUUCAAAGAAAAAAAUAAGAUGAAAGGAAUAUAUGUAUCUGGAGUUUGCGGACGGAUCAACGGCAUAUCAAUUCUUUAUUCGAGAAUAAGAAUCCAAAAGAAUUCCUAGAUUGGAAGAUUGAAACAAAAAUUCGUGGAUUUGAUAAGCAGAAAUAGAAAAUAUCUAAACGUUAGGUGCAAUUUAAAAUCCUUAAAAUCCCGAACAUAUUUUAUGUUUUAUCAAUUCUAACGUAAGAAGAAGAAUAGCAUUCGUCGAUUUUUUUCAGUGAUAAAAAAAUCAUCCCUCGGAUUAAGAAUUGAUCAAGGCGAUGGGAAGAAGCAAACUCCUUUAAAAAUCCGUCAUUCGUCCGGCGAACGUUCACUUCACUUGUAUCUCGCUUCACUACACUGUGUAGAUCCGAUCGCUUUUGCUGUAUGAUUUUACAAAGAAUAAAGAACACCUACAAGACACA